CCUCCCAAGUGCUGGGAUUAAAGGCGUGUGCCACCACUGCCCAGCUUGGUUUUGUUUUCUAAAUCUGCUUUGUGAUCAGAAUUGAAAAAGAAACAUUUUAAAAUUAGGUGCAGAAAUAGAUCCCCUUUCCACCGACACGACGCCCCCACCCCCAGCUGUUUCAUUUUGGAUCAAAUCUAGCUGGUUCAGACCAAGAACAAACUCUGUAGUCCAAACAAAGAAAAGUCCUCCUUUCUUGACAUUUGAAUUUGGGGGAUCAAUUUGAUAAUAAUGGGAUAAGAGUAACCAAGGUUAACCAGCUGUUUUACAGAUUCUAGUGGAAUGGGUUUAGAGCCGCCAGGAUGGUAAAACAUAUGAAUGAAAGCCAGCUUUUAUGCUGUCACAUUAUACCUGACUUCUAGUGCAGAUGCUUUUUUUUUUUUUUAAACCAAAGAAAAAUUGUACUAAGAAAGGAAAAGAAGCCUCAAUUUUGAAGACCCGUCGGUUAGAAAUAUGUUGCGUCUACGAGGCUUCUCUCUACUCUCUUGGAGAGCGUUUCCGGUCCGCCCCUUCAGUUGUGAGUCAUUAAUUACCCAGAUGCAGAACUGUACGGAUGAAGAACAAGUGUUCGAUCUUAUUGAGAGAAAUACGGCAACGCUCUCAGAACAGCAAGUGGGCUGUGCAUUUAAAGUACUUUGGCAGUUUCAGAAGCAGAAGACCGUCUUGGAAAAAAAUGUUGAACAUGUUAGAAACCAUCCUCAGUUUCUUACUCUUUGCAGUGUUACGCCAAAUCACAUCGCAGCCAUGAGUGAUGGCACCCUGGUGAAUGUGCUAUACAGCAUAAAGCAGUUUGCAGUUGAAUCCCAUCACCCACUCACUGAAGCAUUGGUUACAGAAGCAUGGAAGAGACUGGAAAGGUUUGAUACUAUUGUGCUGUCCAUAUUUUCUACUUGCCUGGCCGAUCAGCAUCUGUAUUUUAGUCCACUGAUGGGAAAAAUAGCUGAUAUUGUAAAUAGGAAGCUGGAAACCAUCCAGGACUUAAGGGCCUUGUCUGUCUUGAUGGUCAGCAUUUCUUCUUUAAUAUCACCAUGUUUCCAGGAGCGACUUGUGAACAGAACAGAACUUCUUUUUGACACUGUAGAUUCUUCCAAGGUCAACAUUGCAAGAAGGAUAUUACUGUUUCUUCGAAAUGUCAAAUGCAGUCAUUACCCACUGUUAGAGAGGUGUAAUCAAGUGUUUAUAAGAAAUAUGAGCCAUCUUCAUUUGGAGUCCAUCAGUAGAAUCCUUAGUCUGUAUCAGUUUCUCCAGUUCCACAGCUUUGAAUUUGUUGAAGCGGCUCAGAGGAGGCUGACUGAGAUGACCCUCUCUACCCAUCACCCUGAAAGCUUCGUCAGGUUGUUUGCGGCGCUGGGGCCGAUGGCCAGACCUGAGAUAAAGAAACAGCUUAAAUCGAGUUUACUACUGCUGUCAGAGGAGCUAAGCAGCCAGCAAGCACUGAUCGUGUUGGGAGCAAUGGAAGAUAUGGAAAGCAGAAAUUCACACUUGAUUAAAAAGAUUGUUUCCGUUCUGUACAAACAUUUGGAUAACUAUAAAUCAAUAGAGCUAUUGAAGAUAAUACAAGCGUUGACUUUUCUACAUUUUCAAAGUAAGGAGCUUUUUAUGAGACUCAGAGAAUUACUUCUCAGUCGUUUGGAAGCCAGUGUCAUACCCAGUGAGAUUUCCAUUCUGGUCUCGGCUCUUUCCCUCCUUCCAUAUCCUCACCUUAACGAAACAGCGGUCUCCCGAAUUGAAGCAGUUUUACCACAGUGUGACUUACGGGAACUGAGUGAUUUGGUCGUCUGUCUCAUGCGCUGGAUUCAGAAUGAUCACGUGUGCUUGGCGAGUACUACUGGAAAGCAACUGGACCUCCUUCAAAAACUAGAUCGCUGGGGCCAUCACCGGCUACAACAGAGCACCAACUUGGAUCUACUGUGGGAGGAGCUUAAGUCUUUGAAGGGAGAAUGGCUUCACGAAUCCUUAGUUGAGGAAUCCAUCGCUGCUCUGCAGCGUUUUAUGGAUGAAAUCGAUUACAGCAAUGUUGCCAAGAUCGCGUCUUUUCUUUCCAAAACUAACUACCUUAGCGCUCCGCUGCUCGAUAGGAUAGCUUCGGUGGUUGUUGAGCAGAUUGAAAAGAUCCACCCCAAUUCAGUUCUUGCUAUUAUCCUCCCAUUCAGCAUUUUGAACUAUGACCCACCUCAAAAGGAUGAGUUUUUUGGAGCGUGUGUCCAGUGCUGUAAUUCUUACUUAGGUACAUUGGAUCCUGGUACAUUCGUGUUUCUUGGUUUUUCUUUGGCCAUAUUUGAAUAUUUUCCAGAAGAUCUGCUAAGGAAAAUAUUUAACAUCGAGUUCCUAGCCAGAUUAGACUCCCAGCUUGAAAUUUUACCGUCAAAUCUAAGAACAAGGAUCCAGUUUCGCCUUAUGGAGUUAAAUAGAGCAGUCUGCUUGGAGUGCCCCGAGCUGCAGGUUCCGUGGUUUCAUGACCGCUUUUGCCAACAACAGUUUAACAAAGAUGCCGGUGUUAUGAACAGAGUGCAACAACAGAUCUAUAAAAUGUUAGCAGAGGUCCUGGGAGGACACCGAUAUGUGAAGCCUUCGGUUCUUUCACCAUAUUACCACACAGUGGAUUUUGAAUGCAUUUUGGAUAAACGAAAAAAACCUCUGCCUUAUGAAAGCCAUAGCAUAACUCCCGGAAAAUCCCUGGGAAUACACUGGGAUUCAAGAGUUGAGCCAAGGCUUCCAGCAGAAGCUGAGAGGAUUGCUAUAGAAUUUUUGGAUAUAAAAGCCUUUUGUUCAAACAUUCCUCACUUAAAAGGAAUAUCUGCUAUGAAAAAGCGACAUUUGGAGAUCUUGGGCUAUCGUGUUAUUCAGGUCCCUUACUUUGAAUGGAACUCUAUGGCAAUGUCAACGAAGGAUACACGGAUGGACUACCUGAGAGGACAUAUAUUUGGAGCAGGCAAAUUGUAACUAUACUUUUCAUUUAAAAUGACUGUGGUGGGCUGGAGAGGUGCUCAGAGGAUAAGAGCACUGGCUGCUCUUCUAGGGGUCCUAAGUUCAGUCCCAGCACCCACAAGAUGGCUCACAACCAUCUAUAAUGUGAUCUGGGACCCUCUUCUGGCCUUCAGGCAUACAUGAAGGCAGAAUACUGUAUACAUAAUAAAUAAAUCUUUUU